AGUUCAAAUUUUGAUCUAUUUAUUGAAACAUUUAAAUAAAAAACAAUCAGGUUGAUUACAUUUUAUUGGAUUUUUAGAUUAUUGAUCAUUAGCUAAAAUGAAUACAGCAAUAAAUAAAGAAGUAAGGAAUUUGAUAGGACAUAUUUUAGGGGGCAAGGAUAAUCUUGAAAUAAUAAAUACCAAAGAAAAGCACAUGAUUUCAAGACUGAAAAGAGGAGACACUAUGUCUUUUGUGAACAAAAGAGAAAUGGAUUUAGCAAUAGAAAAAAUGGCUGAAAAGUAUGAAUUCCAUGGUUUUGCACCACAAGCCGAAUAUUUAAGGAAAAUAUAUAAUAAGUACAUGAGUAAGAUAUCUAAACAGGACCUUCAUUCAGCUCUGAACACUCUUCGAUUUCUCUUGUACAUGUCUGAAAGUCCAACAACUAAAUUCAUGGAAAAUCCAGAAGAUUACUGCAUCGUUCAAGAAGAAGAUGAAAAAGAAGUUAUGAAUUGGGGAGAAUAUCUUCUUGAAGGUAUAGAAUUAUAUACUCCAGAGCAAUUUGAUGACUCAAGUGAGGUUUCAAGUGAGUUUGAAACUCCAGAAGAAGAUCUCAGCGAGGCUCAAAUUGUAGAAUUUGAACCCAUUUUAGAAUCAACUUCUAAUGGUGUAUUAAGAAUGAAUUAUGAUGUAAAUCAAGAGCUUAUGUCUACUAUACAGCAUACCUGGUAUAAUAAUGAGUAUUACACAGAAAAACCAGCUAGUAAAAGAGAAGAAGCUAACAUAGGAAUUUUGUGGGAGGAAUAUUUGGAAAAAGAAACACAUGGACUCCUUGGAUUAGAUAAAAUAAGUUUUAUUUCUGAAUACAAGGUUAUAAGAGAAGUAUUAUGGCAAAUGUUUGGAACACAUAAUUCCUUUGUAUUUUACUUCAAAGGAAAUGAAUUGAACAUUAGAAAUAAUAUAUCUAUAGGUAGUGCGCGAAAUGUUACCUUCAACUCAUUUCUCAAACAAUUUCUGGAAUAUAUAGAACUCCUUGAAUUCUUCAGAAACUUCAUAAGUUCCACAAAAGAUUCAUGCCAAACAUAUGUUUGUUAUGGUGUAGCCAUUAGGAAAAAUAUUCUUGACCCUAUUUAUAAGAAAUUAAUUGACAUAGAAGAUAUUGUUAGGAAACAAGAUGAAACUUACACUCUACUAAAACUUGCAAAUGAACUAUCUCCAAUAUUCAAACCACUUGUAACCUUGAAAAGUCUACAUGAUCAAAUAAUACUACCAAUGGAAUUGCAUUCAGCUCUGUAUUACUCCACAAGCUUGCUCUGCAACUUGCAUUCUAGUCUGAGACAGUCUUCAUCAAAGUUGGAAAAUGAUAUUAAACUAACCAUGUAUCUAGAGAGUCUCUAUAAGUAUUUCACUCUUAUCGACUCAUGGUUGUGUAAGAAUGAUUUUUUUGAUAGCGAUGGAGAAUUUAUUUUGAUACAAACUAGUUCCACCCAAACAUUGGAAUAUAGAACUAGUCCCUUGCUGAGUGCCAGAAUUAUAUAUGAGAUAAAUGAACCAAUAAAUGAAGAAUUCAAGAAAGAUGGCAUAAUCAAAAUAAUCUGUAGUAAGGUGUUGCAUAUCGCUAACAAUAUCAGACUUUUGUUUCAUUUGAGAAAAUUUGAUUUUUACAACAGGUAUACAGAGACCCUCCAUCAAGAAUUGAUAAGAAGAUUCCUGAUAGAACUUUGUAAGUUCUUCAAAUACAAAGACAAUGAUAUUCUGAAGAAUCUAUCAGGAAAUGAUGAAACCCAAGGUCCAAGGAUGUUGACACUGAAACAUCCAAUAAUCAGCGCCAAUAAAUGUAAAACAGUUACAGACAUGGACAAACUUGAAAAUCUAGUUGAUACAAAUAAUGGUUUUUUAAUGAAAGCUUUUAAAGACUUCUUUUUCGUCAAUAAAGAGAAUGUUGAAUGUAAACCAAAGAUCAUGACUCUAUUUGAAAGAAUAAGUAAAAUAACCAAGGGACUUUUCCCUUUGAGAAAUACAAUAGAAAAGAUUUUUUUGGAUAUACUAAAAGAAAGAUACAGUGUAUGUGGCUUGAUGGUGAAGAAUACACUUGUAGAGGAUCAUCAUCUUGAUAAGCUGUUUGAGUUUUUGAGAGCCCUGUUUCUAUUCAGUGACGGCUCUAUUUUUCCAUUUUUUCAGCAGUUCUUCAAAGAGAUGGAAUAUCUUUCCAAAAAUCCUUGGCGAUACAUGAGGCUAUCAUCGAAUCUAAAAGACUUGAUAUCUGAAAAGUAUCCUUUGAUAUCAUCUAAUUGCGAAGUUACAUUACAAUCAUCAAGUGAACUGUGUGAAGACCCAUUGGAUAUUUGCAACCAUUUGAACAUAAUGGUGUCGUUGAAAUGGCCUCUAAGUGUGGUUGUAGCUGAGGAAGAGAUAAAAGUAUAUAAUUCAAUAUUUCAUUUCCUCAUCAAGCUGAAAUGGGCCUUGCAUACCUUGAAUGGACUCGCCCUUAAAGAUAUUUUUGGAGGCGUUUCCAAAAAUUGUAGUAAUCGUGUGAAGACUAUCAUGAGGAAAUUAUAUGUACUUAGAUUUAGAUUGCUACAAUUGUUGAAUUUUAUACACAACUACAUUCUUUGUUUCUGUCUGAUGAAAUGUUUGAAACAGUUCGAGUUGGAUUUUGAGAAAUCGAAUGAUCUUGAUUCAGUUAUCAAAUCACAUUGUGAUUUUGUUGAAGAGGUUGAGAAAAUGGUGGUUAUUCUAAAUGAUAAAAAGAACGAAUACAAUUUCAAUUCGGUGCUCCAUUGUGUUAAAAUCUUGAAAAUGUUAUGGAAUGAUUUGGAAAUGGCUUUAGACAGACAAAUUAUUUAUUCAACCCAUAUAUUGUGUGAAAAAUGUAAAACAAAUAUAGAGUCCAAAGUGAAUAGAGAAUAUCUCUUGAAUUAUUGAAAUAAUAAUUAUUAUUUUUUUGUAAGAAUUGAUUAAUAAAUUGUUGAAGAAA